AAACAUUACACAGCUGAUUGUCAAAACAAAAAACCAAAUUGCAGUAAUUCAUUGAAUUUUGCUGCAAAAUUGCACUUGAAAAAGCAGUUUUAUUAAAUACCGGUGUUUAUUUUUUUUUUAAAUUCAUUAAUUUUACACACAAAUCUAUUAAUAGAAAAAUGCAUUUACAUAAAGUCCAAAGUGAAAAGGAGGUAAUUGCUUUGCUGGGCAGCAUGCUGGCGGAAAAAUCUCAAGAGGCUAUUGAAAAUAAUGGCGUGUUUCGUUUGGGAGUAUCAGGUGGCUCUGUUGUCAACUAUUUGGCCACAGCUUUAGCAGAAACUAAAAUGAAUUUAGAUAAGUUUAAGUUUUUCUUUUGUGAUGAAAGAUUUGUACCCGAAACGGAUAAAGAUUCUACAAGUGGUGUGUACAAAACUACUCUACUACCCAAAACCGCUUUAAAAGAAGAACAAUUUAUUGGAAUUGAUACAAAUCUCACGUUAAAGGAAUGUGCUCAAGAUUAUGAGGAAAAGAUUUUAAAGGAGUUCGACAUGAAAAGCGGCGAUAUACCACAAUUUGAUUUACUUAUUUUAGGCAUGGGACCAGAUGGUCAUACUUGCUCAUUAUUUCCUCAACAUCCUUUGCUAAAAGAGAAGGAUCAUUUAAUAGCUGCUAUAGAUAACUCACCUAAACUACCACCCAAACGGGUCACGAUGACAUUCCCUUUGAUUAACAAUGCUAAAAUGUGUAUGUUUGUGAUGUGUGGUGAGGGUAAGGCGGAUAUUGUUAAGCGCAUUUUCAAAGAUAAAGAAAAUUUACCAGCUGGUAUGGUAAAACCCCACAACAAUCAAGUCCACCUUCUUCUCGAUGAGGCUGCUGGCAAGUUUAUUUAAGUCUCAAAAUAAAGAAAAGGUAUAACCUGUAGAAAAUUUUUUAAAAAAAUUUGUUUUUUUAUUAUUAUUAAAAAUAUUUUAUGUACAUUUUUUUUGUAAUAAAUUAAAGCUAUUUUUUAUACAACAA